GCCGGCGGGCGCUCGGCGGGCCCUGGCCGCGGGGCGCUGCGCUCCGCCGAGCCGCCGCGGAGGAUGCGGCGGAGCCGGGCGCCGCGGCUGGCGCUGGCCGUCUGCCUCGGUUCAUUCCUGUUGGUCGUCUUCUACUUCCAGAGCAGCCUCAGCCCAGGCACAGAAGACGGGGUUAUGAGAUCCAUUUGGCAGGGGAAGGCUGGUCGCAGCCCACUCCAGGCCCUGUAUGAGAGUGACCAGUUUGAGCAGUCGUCACUGCAGGCAGUGCACCAGCAGAGACGGGAGCUGUUGAGCAAUGUCUGCAACCGUUACACCCGCAAGCGGCGCCUCCUGCGGCCGGAUGACUUGCGGCACUUGGUGGUGGACGACACGCAUGGCUUGCUCUACUGCUACGUGCCCAAAGUGGCCUGCACUAACUGGAAGCGAGUAAUGAUGGUUCUCACGGGGCAAGGCAAGUACCGGGACCCACUGGAAAUCCCUGCCAACGAGGCCCACGUCUCGUCCAACCUGCGCACCCUCUCCGAGUACAGCAUCCCCGAGAUCAACCACCGCCUGCGCAGCUACCUCAAGUUCAUCUUUGUGCGGGAGCCCUUCGAGCGCCUGGUGUCGGCGUACCGCAACAAGUUCACCCGCAGCUACAACACAGCCUUCCACAAGCGCUACGGCACCAAGAUCAUCCGGCGGCACCGCCGGCAGCCCAGCGAUGAGGCCCUGGAGCGCGGGGACGACGUGCGCUUCGAGGAGUUCGUCUACUACCUGCUGGACCCACGGACGCAGCGGGAGGAGCCCUUCAACGAGCACUGGGAGCGGGUACACUCGCUCUGUCACCCCUGCAUCGUCCACUAUGAUGUGGUGGGCAAGUAUGAGACCUUGGCUGAAGAUGCCAGCUACAUCCUCCAGCUGGUUGGGGCUGACACGAGCAUCAAGUUCCCAUCUUCAUCCAAGACCACCAGGACGACGGAUGACAUGACGGCCCAGUUCUUCCAGGACAUUAGCCCCUUCUACCAAAGGAGACUCUUUAAUUUAUACAAAAUGGACUAUUUGCUCUUCAAUUACUCCAUCCCCUCAUACCUCCACAUCCGAUGAGGCAGGGGCUGGGGGGAGAGGCAAAGGAGAGCUGGGUAACUCUCAUCUUGCCACAAUUCCUCUCCUCCCACCCUAUGUUCAUCUCUUGGUUGACUUCUCCUCCAUGCCUUCUGCAUUAUGGCCUGCUCCCUAUCGUGAUGCCCCAUUUAUGCAUGGUCUGGAGGGAGGCCACCUCUCAAAACACUGUGGCUGGAGCUUUUCCUUCCCUUUCCCUCCCACCCUUCAACAUAUAUAGGGAAUGGUGUUGGGACCACACACUGCUAGGUAGCAGGGCUUGCCUUGACUGGGGACUUUCUUGAAACCAAGAGACUCCUCUGUAGAUCCAAGCCUUGGGAAGACUCCUUUUUUGGGGCAGGAUCCCUUCAGGUCUUUUUUCCUCCUUACUGGGCUGUUUGGGGAUGGACACAGUGUCUCGGAGGCAGG